GAUCGGGGCACGGAUCGGGGCAUGGAUCGGGGCAUGGAUCGGGGCAUGGAGCUGCCUGCGCUGCCCCGGCCCGCAGGAGAAAGCCCUUGGCUGGGACAUCCCCGAGCAGAGGCCUGGCCGCUGGGCACAGCCCCCUCCCUUCAGAGGGGUCGGACCUGCUGCGGGAUUCAUGAGCAGCCGAAAAAUUCAUAUUGAGGAAAAAAAAAUAUCGCAGUGAGUAAGGGGGUUGGUGGCACAAGGGUGGAGUUACAGCUUUCAACUUCCCUAUUUUAUCCCACCUCUCCUUCCCGACUUUCUCCAGCCCAGCUGCUGUAGGUAAAGGCGUAGCCGUGAGGUGCCCGACUUUCAGUCUCUAAACUGGCCGGGGAAUGGGGAAUUUUCCAUUUUUUUUUCAGGCCGUGGUGAGCCACGGCUCAGCUGUCAUGGGGGAGAACGUGUCAGGAGAACUUGAAAGCAAACUCUUGCUCUGCUUCUGUCUCUUGCUGCGGCUCAGGCAUCCUGAUCUUACGGAGCUGCCUGUGCUCUGAUCUGGGCACAGUGAGCUCAGCUCCUUCAAAGGACCUGUGUGAGGAGGACAGGCAAAGGGAAAGGGCAGGAAGUCCUUUGGAGGGAAAGGACAGGCGAUCUGGAGUUGUCCAGUGUCAAGUACAGAUGUUUGGGAGAAGCUUUUCUGUCAGUGCUAGUGAAAGGCAGGAUUCCCUCCUUUUAGAGCUUGGAGCCUCAGAGUGGCCACACUUUCUAGAUUUCCAUCCCUUUGUUGAAAGCCCCUUUCCAGUCUGGAAAUCUUCUGCCAAGUUACAGGGCAGGGAGGGAUUUUGCUGGGAGAUGUGAAACUUCCCCAGCCACCUGUUUAUCACAGUCCCCAGGGCUUUGUCCUUGCACUCUGCUUCCUUUCCCAACUUCAGGCUCACUUCCAGCUCCCUGUUUGGCUGUCACUGUUCCCUGGACUGUGUAUCCCAUGUUUCAGAUUCACUUUCUGUCUUAGUCACUUCCUGUGAGGUGAACCUGGGGUGAGUUUGUGACUCCUCAAAAUCCCCAGAAGGAGGGAGAGCAGCACUGGGAAUUCUUUUCAGUGGUGGCAAAACCUGGAGCUGUUGGUUUCCAGCGAGGAGCUGAGCAGGGAGAUGGCUCCCAGUGCCUGGCUCACCUUGCAGCUCCUGGGAUGCUCUGUUGCUCUGUCACCUGUGCCAUCAUCUGACAUGGAAAUGGGCUCUUCCAUGUGCUUGGCCAAGGCUUGGGGAGCUUGGAGUAGAACAAAGUUGUCCUGCUUCACUUCAGCUGCCUCUGGAGCUGUUUGCCAGCUGCUUCUUUGUCCCCAUCUAACGUGGCCCUUCUGCUGAUGGGGUGAAAAUUACCCCCACACUGGAAUGGGGUGAUUUAGUCCAAUUUUGGAAGUUGGACUGUCCAGAUCUGUGCUGUGCUUGGUCAUUCCUGCUCCUCUGUGAGGGCCAGGGAUCUCCAUGGCCACUCUAACGAAAGAGAAAAUGUCCCAUGUGAGCAGUGAAAGUAUCUGGGGUCAGAGCACAGAGAUUGCAAAACCUUUCCAAUCCUGUCCACAGGCCUGGGAAGGGAAUUGCUUUCAAUUUCUGAGUUUUAAUUCCUAGUAAGACAGGGAAGUAUUUUCUGGUUCUUGAGCCAUAAAUGCUGCUGUAAGUGGAUCCAGAACCAGCUUUACUGGAGGUUUAUCAGCUUAUCUUUAGGAAUAUGUCAUACCAGCUAAUGCUGUCAAUAAAGAGUGCACCCUAGGCUGCACCUUUAUCCUCCUUUUUCCAGAUGCUCCUGGGAGGCAGAGGUAUCCCUGAGGCCGGGUUUGAUCUGCUGCCUGCUUCCCUCUGGAGCUGACGGUGUGGUGGAGGUGCUGCCCUGCUCCUGGUGUAUUUGGGUGGGUUUUUGCUCCAGGUUCAUGAAGCAGAAGGGAGGGCACAGGAAGGGAUGGAGGCAGCGAAGGCCAGAAAAAAGCCCCAGCAAAACAGCAACUUUUGCAAGUGGGCAAAGCCAGAGCAAAACAAUCCAUCAUACUCUGACUGCUUAGACUUCCUCUAGAAAACCUGGCUGAGGUCCCAGAGGGCUGGUGCUGGUGUUGGGUCAGUGUGAGUGAGACGAGGCCACCGUGGUGAUGCUGCAGACACUCCCAUGUGCUGAUUCCAGGGAACUCGUGGGACAGAAGGUGAGCUGGAGCCACCCAGGCUACAGCUGAGGUUGUAGUGGGAGCUGAGCUGGCUGCACUGAAAGACUCUGUAUUUUCUGCAGGCCUCUCCUGGGGCUGUUGUCUGGCUGCCUUUGCUUCCUUCUCUCUUUCCUCUGGCUGUGUGAUGUGGUUGCUGUUGAGGUGGUCUCCAGCUCCACAUCCAUGGGCUCGUUCUGUGCCUGGAGCUGUGCUAAGGGAUUGGGUUAUUCCUGUAUCUCCUGCCAGGGCAGGAGAGGCCUCGUGGGCCUCUUCUGUCAGCAAGAAACAAUCCUGCCAUUCAUCCCAACGUGGGACAUUAACAUAGGGAAAAGGGGUGUUUGUCCCUAGGAUUAUCCAUGCUCUGGGAAAGGCUGGUUGUGUGGCCAGCUCGUGCUCCACUCGGCCCUGGGGUGUGAUCCCACACUUCCUGGGAUCCCAGCCCACUGUUAGAAUGGUGCCAUAGUCACUUUAUCAUCCUAAUGCAAAUUUCAUGCUCCAAACUGAUGAUAGCUUUGACUUGGCUGGGAACAGAUCCCAAAGUUAGAGGAAAUGGAGCUGCUGUGGGCCCAGAAAUAUCCCUGUCCAGUGAGGACAGUACAGAGCCUGCACAAGCAGGAAGAGACAAGCAGCUCAGCUGGGACUUAAUAAACACCACCCUGCCCUUCCAGCCCUGUAGUGGGGACAGCAAGAGGCCUUCCUGAAGGACCAGGCUGCUCUGGGGCCUGGAAAAGUGGGAGCUGCUCCUACUGUGCCAUCACUGGCCGUGCUCUUCCCUGGAAAUAGUUGUGUGUGCAGUUAACGUGCGUGCUGGAGUGGUGACCCAGCUUGUCAGCUUAGCACAGCCCUGUGAAGCCACAGUGGAUUAGCUCUGCCUGCACACGCAGCCCCAUCCCGGCUGCCUCUGUGGGGACCUCCCGGCAGGGCUCUGACAUCGCACUGGAUGCAGAUGUCACGUAAGAGCAGCAGGGCUGGCCCUGAGUCACAGCCGGGGCUCGCUGGGGCUCCCUGCAGUCACUGCUGUUCCACGGGAACAGUUGGGGUUUGCAGCCUGACCCUUCCCUCUGGGGAGGAAAGCAGGACGGGGCCUUUUACAGAACUUACUUUCUCCUGUGGCUUUUCUCCCCCUGUGGCUGUGGGGAGGAAGGCCAAGGGGACAAACCACGCUGGAAAUUUGGGGUUCUUCCCUUCCUUCUCCCUUGCUAGACUGGGUUUUCCAGCCUCCCCAGCACUCACUGCCUCACCUGCCCUCCCUCAGCCUCCCUGUGCAGUGUGAGCCGUGUCACCCAUAGCAUUGCUCCUGUCACUGCCCGUGGUCUGAAUGUCAAUCCUGAUCUCGAAGCCAAGUAAUAAACUCCCUGUUCAUCCAUCUGCCUGGGAUAGAUGCUGAUGUCUCACUGCUGGCUGACCUGGGCUCUCUGCUCCAAGCAGCAGCAUUCCCACCUGCAGCUCUUGAUGGGCUCUGCCGGAGCUCCCCUCACCUCUGGUGGGUCCUCUGCUAUCCCAGAUACUGCUUAAUUUAGUAGGGCUUUUCCCUUUAUUCCAUAAACUAACUCAACUUUAGGAUUGUCUGGAAUGCUUGGCCUUGCAGGGGUGAAGGAGAUGCCAGUUCAAGCCCAGGAUAACUAUGUUUUGUCUUUUAUUAUGCUUUUUUCUUUUCUCAUGCAUAUAGCCUUGUCCUGCUCCUAAACCAACCUCUUCCCCUAAGCCACCCUCUUUCCAGGAAGGACCUGGAGACGUGGGAAGUCCCAGGAGAGCUGGACCAUUUCUUGCUCAGGAAUUUCCAAAUUGUGCAGCAGAUUGGAAUAGCGGGGCCCGGGGGUGGCUGGCAACUGGCAGGACCUUCUUAAAGCUGACUCUGGUGAAAGACAAAAGGCUCUUUGUUUGCCCAGACCUUGGGAAUUCAGCAUUUCCAGUGUGCCCCUGCUCAGAUUUGGUUGCAAAGGCUGCUGCUAAAGCACUUUCUAAAAGAAAAAUCUGGAUGUUGUCCUGCAGAGCAGCAGAAUGAAGCGGGGUUGGGGCUGGAGGUGCAGCUGGGCCGGGUUGAGCUGCUCCUUCUCCGGAAACUUCUGAGCAGCUUCAGCUGCCGGGGCUGAGCGCGGGGGACAGACGGGAAGGCAGCGCCGAAAGGAACGGCCGUGGCUCAGCUCUCCUGCAGCAGCGUGGAGUGAUCCUGAGGGAGGAAAGACAGAGCUUGCAGAGGGGAAGGAUUAGCUUUUGGGAAAACAUUGGCAGCUCCCCGGGCCGGGAGGCUGGAGGCAGUGCCAGACAGGAAGCGGCUGACGUGGAAGUGCCGGCUGGCUGGGAUUAUGAAUGGCCAGGGGUGCCUUCCAGCCACACCGAGCCCUCCGAGCCCUGCCCUGCCCUGCCCGAGAUCAGGACCAGAUGAGCAGAGGGAGGUUUCUGUGAAGAUCAGAGUCGCCCCAGCCGUGCCCCGGGAAGCGGCCGUGCCUCCGGCUGUCACCGCUGCGGGCCUAGAAGACACGCCAGAGAAGGAAAAUGUCCCACGCUCUAAAGCAAGUGUUCAAUAAAGACAAAACCUUCCGGCCCAAGCGCAAGUUCGAGCCGGGCACUCAGCGGUUCGAGCUGCACAAGAAGGCCCAGGCCUCGCUCAACGCCGGCCUGGACUUGAAGGUGGCCGUGCAGCUGCCGCCGGGCGAGGAGCAGAACGACUGGGUGGCCGUGCACGUCGUGGACUUCUUCAACCGCAUCAACCUCAUCUACGGCACCAUCAGUGACUAUUGCACGGAGCAGUCCUGCCCCGUCAUGUCGGGGGGGCCCAAGUACGAGUACCGGUGGCAGGACGAGCACAAGUACCGCAAACCCACGGCCCUGUCCGCGCCCCAGUACAUGAACCUGCUCAUGGACUGGAUCGAGGUGCAGAUCAACAACGAGGACAUCUUCCCCACCAACGUCGGUACUCCCUUCCCCAAGAACUUCCUCCCAGUGGUGAAGAAGAUUCUGUCCAGGCUCUUCCGGGUGUUCGUCCACGUCUACAUCCACCACUUCGACAGGAUCACCCAGAUGGGCUCCGAGGCCCACGUCAACACCUGCUACAAGCACUUUUACUACUUUGUGAAAGAGUUCAAUCUCAUAGACACCAAGGAGCUGGAGCCCCUGAAGGAAAUGACAUCCCGGAUGUGCCACUGAGCUCAGACCCUCCUGCUCCCACCCUGGCACCUCUUCUGAGGAUUCCGAGCCCCAAUCCCACAUUGGAGACGUGAUUCAAGGGGAGAACAGAGACGUUUCGUUUAAGAAAUUAUAUAUUUUUAAUGAGUUUCAAUGUAAAACUGUGAUACUGCAGGAAUAUUUUUUUAAAGAUGCUCUAGAUUAACUAAUUUUUUAUAGUAAUUUCUAUAAAAAAAAGAAAGAAAUAUUUUGUGGGCCACUUGAUGGGAAUGUUGGCUCUCGGAGCGGGGAAGAGCUGCCUGAGCUGCCUCCUCCGUGUGCCCCGAGUGAGCUGAGCCAGACACUUCACACAGAGCUGUGUCGUGGGGCUGGUGCUGCCAUGGAAGCAGUACCUGCCUUGGGAUACACAUUUCCCACCCCUGGAGGCAGGGAACAGGACUGGUGUACAUGGAUCCCCCAGCACCUCCUCCACUGGCUGCGAGUCUGGCUUUGGAGCAGAGCUGCUCUGUGCCCACUGUCCCCAAGGCCUGGCUCUCCUGUGCUCCCUCUGAGUGAGCUGGGACUGGGCUUCAUCCCAUGGCUGCUGCAGCUGGGGCCGGUGCUGUUGGAGUGGAAAUCUGCCCGCGUGUGUCAGCCCAGCCCUGAGCUUUGCACACACAGCCCAGCUGUGGCUCUGCACUGUCCCCAUGGGGACACAGAUCCACACUGGCAGCUCCUCGUGGGAGCCACCAGAGGGAAAGUGCUGGGACAGGCACCGGGAAUUCUCCAUCCCCUCCCUCCCUGUCCUCCCUCGUGGUACGCUGACCCUGCCGGGACCAUCCUGCUUCCCUCUGGGGUACGGAGCCUUCUCCCUGCUCCCCGGCAUCACCACCCCACCCAGCUGUGCACAUCUGGGACCAAAAUCUCUGGUGUGCAGCCAGAGCCCCCCAGGCCUCGCCUGCUGCUUGCACGAGGAGAGCUUGGCAGUGCCCCUGGUAGGUAGUGGGUCUACCUAGGAUUUGGGGACCAGUAAGUGACCAAACUGCACCACUAACCACUUCUUCCUUACAAAGCAUUCCCGUGCCCUGGAAUCUGUACAUACGUGACUCUCUCAUUUCUCAUCCUGCCGUUAGGACACUCGUACAAAUACCACUCGUGCUCUGAAAUGGAACCAAUAAAUUAUGUUGUAUUUACACAGCA